AUGCAGUGUGAUUGGCCAGUAUUAAACAAAGAUCCCCUCGAUAAGACGGAUCCUGUGUAUGCCAUGAUCAUUGCUGAUACUCAUCUGCUAGGCUCCAGAGAUGGUCACUGGUUUGAUAAAUGGCGAAGAGAGUGGCAGAUGCACCGAGGAUUCCAAGCAGCCAUGACUUUACAUAAGCCCGAAGUGGUAUUUGUAUUAGGCAAACAUUUACGGGAUUUGUUUGAUGAAGGGAAAUGGUGUUCACAAAAGGAGUUCGACGAAUACGUGGAAAGAUUUCAUCGUCUCUUCAAGAUACCUGUUGAUACGAAAAUGUACACGGUAGUGGGCAACCACGAUAUCGGUUUUCAUUACAGAAUUACACCGCAAUUGGCGAAUAGAUUCGAGGAAAAGAUGAAAUCUCCUCCGGUACAACUGGUGAGUAUACGUGGGAAUCAUUUCGUCCUGCUCAACUCUAUGGCGAUGGAAGGAGACGGAUGCACCUUCUGCUCGAGGGCUGUAGCUGAAAUCGACAAAAUAGCAGAUAUCAUGAAAUGCAGUAGCGGAUCUAAGUUGUGUAAAGGAAGAGAAAAGCUACAAAAAUAUAGCAAACCAAUAAUUCUACAGCACUACCCAUUAUACAGGGUGUCCGAUGGCAUAUGUAAGGAACCGAAUGUAGAGCCGUGGUCGAGGAAGUCGGAAUUGUUCAUCGAGCGUUGGGACUGUCUGUCGAGGGAAUCCACGGAGUAUCUCGUAGAAAGCCUCCAACCUCGAGUGGUAUUCGGAGCCCAUACACACCACGGCUGCAAAAUUGAACACAGUUUUAUGCCGACACGUGAUCAUAAGAUUGAGUUCACGGAAUACACAGUACCUUCCUUCUCGUGGAGAAACAGCCUGGAACCCGAGUAUUACUUGGUGAGCAUAAACACAUCGGAGGUGAAAGUUUUGAAAUGUGAGUUACCGAGCGAGUGGUCGAUACAACUUACAGCCGUCAUACUCAUCAUCGUGCUCUUGGUUUAUAUUAAAUAUUUCUCAAGAGUUGUUACUGGGUUUAACCAUAAACAAUUGUAG